UCCUGAGGGGUAGCGGGCGGUUGGCUGCCGGGCAGGGGUUUGGGGUGAGCUGCAGCCGCCAUGAAGCUGACGCGGAAGAUGGUCCUGUCCCGGGCCAAGGCCUCGGAGCUGCACAGCGUGCGGAAGCUCAACUGCUGGGGCAGCCGCCUCACAGAUAUCUCCAUCUGCCGGGAAAUGCCCAGCCUGGAAGUGAUCACCCUCAGUGUCAACGGCGUCUCCACACUGGAGCCCGUGAGCCAGUGCCGGCAGCUGAGCGAGCUCUACCUGCGCAAGAACCGCAUCCCCAGCCUGGCCGAGCUCUUCUACCUGAAGGGCCUGCCGCGCCUGCGUGUGCUCUGGCUGGCCGAGAACCCGUGCUGCGGCCCCAACCCACACGUCUACCGCAUGACCGUCCUGCGCAACCUGCCGCACCUGCAGAAGCUGGACAACCAGACUGUGACUGAGGAGGAGCUGUCCCGAGCGUUGCUGGAGGGAGAGGAGGUCACGGGCCCCGGCAGAGAGGGCACAGGGAACGGCCAGCCGGAGCUGUCCUACACCCUGAGCACCAUGAACGCCACUGCCGAGACGCAAGGGGACCCGCUGAGCUACGGCGAGGAGGAGGCCAGUGGCAUCCAGGGGCAGCUCAGCCUGAAGCCCCCUUCCAGGGACCAGCUUCCAUCCUUCUCACAGAGGGAGGCCGCGAGCAGUCGCAGGAACAGGGCAUGGUGCUUAGCCGGUGACUCUCUGUGCCCCCAGAACAACGUCCUGACCGCCAUCCUGCUGCUGCUGCGAGAGCUGGAUGCCGAGGGGCUGGAGGCCGUCCACCAGACCGUGGUCAGCCGGCUCCAGGCCCUGCACAAGCAGGAGCUGCAGGAGGACAUGGAGUGACUGUCAGUGGGACCCCGAGCGGUCGGGCCCUCCUUGCAAGAGCCCGUGCUGAAGUCCCAAGCACCUGGGAGGUGGGGGUCACUGCCACAGCCGCGGCCUCCGCUGCACCCCGGGCUGAGUCUCAGCCCACAGGGCUGCUUCCUUAGGACACCUCAGCCUGCCCAGGGAAGCUGAGCGGACCGGUGACCCGGCGAAGGCAGGAGGGGUGUUGGGCACUGGCGGGCAGACCCCGUGUCUGUGCCCUCCACCGUGAGGGGCCCUGGCCGCAGCCCAGGCCCAGGCCCAAAUGCCCAUCAGGAGGGCCUGCCUUGACCCGGCUCUUCCUGAAGGUGGGCAUUGCAGGCCUUUCUCCCUAAUAAAUAUUCUUCCUGAAUCUAAUCUGGAAGCAGACAUUUCCUAAAUGACAGAUGUGGCCUUGACAUGCUUUUUAAAGGUAAAAGCUGUGGGUCAUGCAUGCUUUCCCAUGUCAGUUCUUUGACUCGGUCAUGGAAUAGACCUCUCUUCCCCCCAGAGACUUCCAGAAUGAUGGCAUCCUUAGAGAGACAAGCUGCCCUCGGAUUUGCACUGGCAAUCGCACAGCCACCUGCCGCCCCGGGACGUUGUGUCUGAAUGGCGGGGACUGGGAGGGCCACACCCCCUCUUUUCUUCCUCCCUUUGUAAGUGCCCCCAAGCCAUGCCGAGGGUUUGUGCUGACCCUGCAGGAGAGGCCUUGCACAGACAGGCCUGCCCCUUCUGUUUGGGGAUCAGGGGCGGCCACAGGUGUAGCAGCCGGGCGGAAAGGGCAGCCUUCUGGAAACCAUGUAAAAUGUUUUCUUCCUCUGGGAGGAGUCUCAGGCCUUGCGUGAUGCACGGGAUGUGGGCGGUGACGCCCAGCCUUGGCAGGCCUUACUAGUGCCCCCAAAAGCCGAGGAUGCCUCCACGUGGAAGGGGAGGAGUGUGAGCCCCGAGCCAUUAGAGAAAAGUCUGUUCCUACUGGAGCCGAAAUGACGGGACUGGAGAGGGAGAGAGUGAUGUUCUGUCCGCCCCUUGCCGCCUGUUGGGGGGAAUGACCACAUCCCUGUGCCAGCUGAGGGCGUGUCAGCUGUGUGACAGCCACACAAAUCGAAGGGGUGACUUAACCACAAGGCGGGCAAGAAACCAGUGACAGAGCGCCAGCGGCUGGAAGACCACCGCUCUCCUUGAAGGUGAAGCUCCAGUCGAGCUGCAGGCCGUUCCCAGCUCUUGAAGGAAGGCCACUGCGCACCGGCUGGGUGAAGCCCAGUUGAGGGCGGGCAGCUCCUCUGUGGGGGGAUCUGUAGUUCUUCAGGACCAGGGGGUGAGUGCUGAGCACUGGGAAGCUAGGAGUCACCACGUGGGGGCAUCCAGGCGGGGUGGCUGCGGGGCCUGUGUGCUCCUUCUCUUGUAAUUAUGGGAUGUCGGACGCUCUCAAUAAAGCGUUGUGUCGGUUA